GGGGAUAAUAAAUGUUCAGUGCGUUCCGUUUUAAACUUUCUUUUGGCUACUGGCUAAUACACUAAACUUUGCCAUUUUUUCGUACCAACUUAAGGGACAAUUGUUUCACACAACCCACGAUUGUUUGAAGGUUGAUUUUCACUAGACGUCAUUUGAACGGUGCAGUUCCUAUCCGCAGGCCUGCAGUGUGCAAAAAUAUGACCUAUCAACAGUAAUUUUCUUGUAAUGUGGCUUUCACAUGCAAAUCUAUUUUAAGUAUAUCUAUAGAGCGCAAAAACUCCUAAAAAAUUCUUGUCUUCUUCUUGUCUGGCUUCCGCCCGGUGGGAGUGCCUCUUGCGGGUGUGUUGUUUCAUUCCACGCAGAAAAGGCAUUUGUCGACAGAUGGCAGUCCGCCCGGGCGGAAAAUCACUCAUACGCCCCGACCAUGCCCCGACCCAAACCAUUGUUUUUUUUGUAUAGUAAUCCCCGCAAGAGGGUACCGCUUUUCUGAGAGAGAAAAUAGCCAUAGUGGAGGAACCAGGGGUCUAUGACUCUGGUAAAACGUAUAAAAGAUUAAUGGAGGACCCCGGGAGAAAUCUCAGAAAAAAGUGGGGUCGGUCGAUACCUCCCUCCCUAUCCUUCAAUCGCUAUCGGGAAAUUCUGACACAUCUUGUAGUCAUUGAAUCAUACUUGCACUCACUAGAUGGCGGAAAGGAUGACAACAAUAUUUGGAUGAUAAAUUGUUCUCGAAUGUUUUAAAUUUUUUUAGUUUCAAGAUAAGACAAUCAUUUUGCAAUAUUAUCUUCAUCAUGAACUGGGGCUUGAAGAGAAAUCAACUUCAUUCCAGGCCAUCCCCUUCAGGUGGGAUGUGCACAAUAGCUGAGGAGGCUGACAUAGAUUACGCAUUUCUCCGACUUCAAAAAUUAGAGGAAACUAAUAGGACUGUUCAAAAAGAGUGCAAGAAUUUAAGAGAUUCCUUUUCAGCUUUAGCCCGCUCUGAGCAAAAGCUAACUGCAGGUCUAUCAUCAUGCAACCAAGUAUAUGAAGAAGAAACUUUCAGAGCCCUGGUUGAAGAAUAUCACUCAGUUGCUAAGCAGAUGAGUGAUUCAUCCAAACAGUUUUCUGAUAUAGUACAAAUAACUGUGAACGAUCCCUUAAAAAAACUUGCCACUGAAUUUGGAAGUGCUCAAGGAGCUAUUAAGAAACGAGAUCAAAUGAUAACUGAUUUACUCCCUGUUCGAAGGCAACUAGAAAAGAUGAAAGACAAGGAGAGAACAGGGACUAACAUUGCAAGAACUGAACAGCUGAAACGUUCCUUAGCCGUAAUGGAGGGUGAGUUUAAAGGAACAAACAAGCAGCUAUUGAAUGAUAUGAACACCAUGUUGGAACUGAGAGCGGAUUAUAUUGAGCCAUCUCUGUUGGCGUUAAUACGAGCCGAAACUAAUUACUACGGGGAGUGCACGAAACUGUUCAAUUCUUUGGUCCUACACAGUGAUACUAGUCCUUAUAGAACUUCUCCAAGAGUGACGAAAAGCGAGCCUGCUGCGUCAGAGCUGGAAGCCCGAUUCAAUCAAGACAUGCAAGCUAUACGAGCACUCUCGAUCGUUGCUGAUAAAUAAAAUAUGUAUUCCCUGAAAUGUAACGGUCCAUCCAUUGUAUCCGGUAUAUUAAUGUUUCAUAGAAUUUUAAUCUUCAGAGUUGAUUAUGAAAUUGUUUUGAAAAUAUAUAAUACGAUUGUA